GGCAGGAGUUCUGGGAAUUGGGGGGGCUCCCCUCCUGGAGACCCCUGAACUGGACUGGGGGGGUUCGCGGGUGCAAGCCAAGGAAGCUCCGGGGCGCGCAGUUGAAGGCACAUCCCCGCCGCACUCUCCACCGUCGGGGACUGCAGGGGUGGGAGAUUCCCUACGACCCUGGCUGCCCCGCCCCUCUGACCAAGGGCGGCUUCGGGGUCCCUGAUUUCCUGCUACCCAAGGCUCGCUUCCCCACCUGGUUGCGGGUGGAACUUGGGAUUUCUGAGAAAUUAGGAGUGAUUGCAUUUGAGCAGUACCCGGGCUUCUGCGUCAGAUAUUCUCUCUCCACAUAUUGGUCCCUCUUAGCCUCUGAACCCCCCAAAUUGAGGAUGUUCUUUGCCACCAGGUCCCUGGGAUCCUAGGAGAUAUGGGCUACCCCUAAAUUGAGCCUUCUCACGUAUGGCAUUUAGCUCCUGAGUUCAAGAGAGGAGAGAUCUCCUCUGAUCGUACCCUUCGUGACAGUGUCCCAAACCGUGGGAUUCCCUAGAAAUGGGCAGCGGGGAGCCCCUUUCAGAAUCCGUCUGGGACCCUUCCCAGGAGCCUUUUUGUAUUCUUUUAAAAGGCAGAGUUAACUCCUUAAAUAACAGGGAAACAAGCUGGACUCACUUUCUCAAGUCUGGCCCCUCAUCUCACCCUUCCAGCCCCAUCUUGAGGGACAGGGGAGCCCCAUCCAAGUUUUAUCUGGGGGAGACUCCAUGGUGGGGUGCUCUGAGCCUGCGGCCGUGGUGGGAGCGCCCCUGCCGCAGUGCUCAGCUGGGGCCAUCCCAGGCAGAGGAUGGGUUUCUGGGUUCACCUCCCAGCAGGUGCAGCUCUGCUGGAACACAGAGGAACCUGUGCCCUGGGGCCACUGCCCAGGUCAUCUGGCCAUAUUCUCAUGGGACUGUGGAAAAUGCUCUAGGUCCUCAGCUUUCCCUGUCCGAUGUGAGGCACCCAGUAAGCCUCACCCCCUUCCCUCCUCCCUGGCUUCUCAGGCAUGAUUGGAUCCGUGCACACCCCAUGUUUCUUACCCCCCAUCCUCUCCCCCUUCCCCCAUUCUAUUCCAGGCCCUGGCUCUGGGCCUACCAGGGAACUCCAUCCCACUCCUUUUGGGCCACCCGCCGUCCCGCCCCUCUCAGCACCCCCUCCUGGCUGGGUGGGGGCCCCUCUUGGCUGAGCUGGGGUGCCCCCCCUCCCCACCCAAGGCCAGCCCUUUCCUGUAGAGUCAUCUCACUGCCACGCGCCACCCACUCGUAACUCGCACCCGGGUCCUGGCUGCACUGCGUCCCCUCCUGCACCCCCUGGAUGGCCCAUCAGCCAAAGGGGGCCUGGGCGAUGGUGAGUGGGCCCCCACACCCCCUUUCCCCUUUCCCUUCCUCUAGCUGGGCCUGGCUGCCAUCCCACUGUGGGCAAGGAUGCUCUUGGGAAGUCCCUGGUGGGUGCAGCUUGCAGCCUAGAGUGCCCAGUGAUGAACACAGUUCCCGGAGGAGUUAGGAUUUGGGGGACCAGCACCCCACCAGAUUACCAUGUCCUUGGGAACGAGCAGAGUCAGGCGCCAGAGAGACUCCCCCAGACCCCCAUGCCAAAUCUCUUCACAAACCCAAACCCUGACUCUGGUCUCUCAGGACAUCUCUGGACAGUACCAAGGGGCAUCCUUGCCCAGCUACAACCUAAGCCCCACCCACCAAAUCCUCUGUGCUUUCUGUAGGACCCCCCUGCCAAUACCCAGCUGAGUGUCAGAAGAGAAAGGCCCAGAAGUAACCCUGAAUGUGGGUCAGGGACUCCCUAAUUUUACUGUGCCUUUCUCAUGGGUGGCAGCUUCUUCAGGGCAGGAAAGAGGUCAGCCACCGAGCUCCGCAAGGAAAAGUCCCGCGAUGCGGCCCGCAGCCGGCGCAGCCAGGAGACCGAGGUGCUCUACCAGCUGGCGCACACGCUGCCCUUCGCACGCGGCGUCAGCGCCCACCUGGACAAGGCCUCUAUCAUGCGCCUCACCAUCAGCUACCUGCGCAUGCACCGCCUCUGCGCCGCAGGGGAGUGGAACCAGGUGGGAGCAGGCGGAGAACCACUGGAUGCCUGCUACCUGAAGGCCCUGGAGGGCUUUGUCAUGGUGCUCACCGCCGAGGGAGACAUGGCUUACCUGUCGGAGAAUGUCAGCAAGCACCUGGGCCUCAGUCAGCUGGAGCUCAUUGGACACAGCAUCUUUGAUUUCAUCCACCCCUGUGACCAAGAGGAGCUUCAGGACGCCCUGACCCCCCAGCAAACCCUGUCCAGGAGGAAGGCAGAGGCCCCCCCAACGGAGCGGUGCUUCUCCUUGCGCAUGAAGAGUACGCUCACCAGCCGUGGGCGCACCCUCAACCUCAAAGCGGCCACCUGGAAGGUGCUGCACUGCUCUGGACAUAUGAGGGCCUACAAGCCCCCUGCACAGACUUCUCCAGCUGGGAGCCCCAACUCAGAGCCCCCCCUUCAGUGCCUGGUGCUCAUCUGCGAAGCCAUCCCCCACCCAGGCAGCCUGGAGCCCCCGCUGGGCCGGGGGGCCUUCCUCAGCCGCCACAGCUUGGACAUGAAGUUCACCUACUGUGAUGACAGGAUCGCAGAAGUGGCCGGCUACAGUCCUGAUGACCUGAUUGGCUGUUCUGCCUACGAGUACAUCCACGCGCUGGACUUCGAUGCAGUCAGCAAGAGCAUCCACACGUUGCUCAGCAAGGGCCAGGCAGUAACAGGGCAGUAUCGAUUCCUGGCCCGGAGCGGUGGCUACCUGUGGACCCAGACCCAGGCCACAGUGGUGUCAGGGGGCCGGGGCUCCCAGUCGGAGAGUAUCAUCUGUGUCCAUUUUUUAAUCAGCCGGGUAGAAGAGACCGGAGUGGUGCUGUCCCUGGAGCAAACGGAGCAACACUCUCGCAGACCCAUUCGGCAGGGUGGCCCCUCCCAGAAGGAUGCUUCUAACCCUGGGGACAGCCUUGACACCCCUGGCCCCCGGAUCCUUGCAUUCCUGCACCCCCCUUCCCUGAGCGAGGCUGCCCUGGCCGCUGACCCCCGCCGUUUCUGCAGCCCUGACCUCCGUCGCCUCCUGGGACCAAUCCUGGAUGGGACUUCAGUAGCUGCCACCCCCAGCACCCCACCAGCCACACGGCGCCCCCGAAGUCCUCUUUCGGCUGAUCUCCCAGAUGAACUACCUGUGGGCACAGAGAAUGUGCACAGAUUCUUCACUUCUGGGAAAGACACUGAGGCGGUGGAGACAGAUUUAGAUGUAGCUCAGGAUGCUGACGCUCUGGAUUUGGAGAUGCUGGCCCCCUACAUCUCCAUGGAUGAUGACUUCCAGCUCAACGCCAGCGAACAGCUACCCAGGGCCUACCACAGACCUCCGGGGGCUGUCCCCCGGCCCCGUGCUCAGAGCUUCCACGGCCUGUCACCUCCAGCCUUUGAGUCCUCCCUGCUGCCCCGCUGGGGGAGUGACCCCCGGCUGAGCUGCUCCAGCCCUUCCAGAGGGGACCCCUCCGCAUCCUCUCUCAUGGCUGGGGCUCGGAAGAGGACGCUGGCCCAGAGCUCAGAAGGCGAGGACGAGGGAAUGGAGCUGCUGGGAGUGAGACCUCCCAAAAGAUGCCCCAGCCCAGAACCCGGAAACUUUCUGCUGUUUCCCCUCAGCCUGAGUGUCCUUCUGACAGGAGGACCAGCCCCAGGGAGCCUGCAGGACCCCAGCCCCCCUCUCCUGGACCUGAAUGAGCCCCUGGGCCUGGGUCCCUCACUGCUCUCUCCGUACUCAGACGGGGCCACCGACCAGCCCCAGGGCCACUUCCAGCCAGCAGCAGGCUUGGGCCAGGCUGACUGAGCCAGCUCCUCUCCCUGUCUCCCUUCUCCUCCCCUAGAAAGGACCUCAACCACACUCCAAGCCAGCAGCCGACGCACAGGAUGGGGGCGCCGGGAGAGGGCCCCCCUCUCCUCUAAGUGUCCCCUUGCCCACCUCGGGCCUACCUCAGCCUUCACCCCUCUGCCUGCUCCCAAUCUGGGGACUCUUUGGGGUGGUCUCAGCUCAGUGACCUCUGGGAGGGGGUCCCUGCCCCCUCCUCCUCCUCUCAGGAUUUCAUUUGGGGUUCUCAAUACUUGGUUACCUCAUUAUCCCUUUCUCUGCCUCUCUUGGCUUAUUUUGGGGAAUUAGGGGUGGGGAGGGUGAGGGGGUCGGGUCUGUGUUUCCGGGUUCUGGAGAGAAUGAUGAUCCACAGGUGACCGUGAUCACGUUUCCUUCUA